CGGACAAGAUGGCAGAGGAAGACAAUGAGGGGAGGGGGAGGGGGAGGAGGAAGACGAUGUGGAGGACAAGGAGAUGGCGGGAGAAGAUGACUUCGGGGAAGAGCGGGUGGAAGAUGGCGACGGGAAGGUGGAGCAGAUGGAGGAGAGCGACGAUGGGAAGGAAAGACGACGGGAAGGUGGAGACGAUGGAGGAGGGGAGGUGGUGGAGGAUAUGGAGGUGGAAGACGAAGACGAUGACGAGACGAUGACUGCGAGAGAAGAUGACUGCGGGGAGGAGCGGGUGAAAGAUGGCGACGGGAAGGUGGGGCUGAUGGUGGAGGGCGACGAUGGGGAGGAAAGACGACGAGAAGGUGGAGACGAUGGAGGAGGGAAGGUGGUGGAGGAUAUGGAGGUGGAAGACGACGAUGAUGACGGGACGAUGACUGGGCGGGAAGAUGACUGUGGGGAGGAGCAGGUGGAAGAUGGCAAAGGAAGGUUCAAGGGACCGGUCCCACAUCCCACUCAAAAGUACGAGGUGUGUUCCUCGGUCUAGAAAAAACAUGUAGGUUCAAGUGUGAAAAAUAGGCUUGAGCCAAACUUCUAAAAAACAAACAAGCCUAGUUCGA